ACGCAAAGGCAAAGCCCGCCUGGGUCAACGUUUUUUAUUUAUUUUUUUCUUUUUAGAAUCAACUGUAAAACCUCCGGCGACAAAUCGGGUGUGAUGUGCAAAUUCACUGAUCGAUCGAUAAAUCUAGUGUUAGGAUUCCUGUAAAUUUGUAAACUGGGCCGAGCUGUUUAACAAUGGCGAAGCCAAGGGGGAGUAGGCACCAAGGGAGGAGAACCUCGACCAUGUCUUUGGUGCUCUCCAUGCUUCUAAUGCUGACACUUGUGCUUCUGAUGCUCCUCGCUCUAGGAAUACUCAAUCUCCCUAUUGGAUCUGACGAUGAACCCUCUUCUAUCCGGAGUCGUAUCAGAUUCAAGCGCAUGUCUCUAGAUGUAGUGGAGGAUGAUGGUUUCGGGAAAAGGGGAGAACAAUGGACUGAGAUUCUUUCUUGGGAGCCUAGGGCUUUUGUUUAUCACAAUUUCUUGUCCAAGGCAGAAUGUGAAUACUUGAUAAAUUUAGCCAAACCUCACAUGGCAAAGUCUACUGUUGUAGAUAGCAAAACUGGUAAAAGUAAAGACAGCAGGGUUCGCACAAGUUCAGGAAUGUUUUUAAGGAGGGGACAUGAUAAAGUUAUUAAGAACAUUGAGAAAAGGAUAGCAGACUACACAUUUAUUCCUGUAGAGCAUGGAGAAGGUCUACAAGUUCUCCACUAUGAAGUUGGACAAAAAUAUGAGCCUCAUUUUGAUUAUUUUCUUGAUGAAUUCAACACGAAGAAUGGGGCACAACGUCUAGCUACUCUACUCAUGUAUCUUUCAGAUGUUGAAGAAGGGGGUGAGACAGUUUUUCCUUCGGUGAAAGGCAAUUUUAGCUCUAUGCCUGGGUGGAAUGAGAUGUCAGAAUGUGCGAAAAGGGGCCUUUCUGUGAAACCAAAAAUGGGUGAUGCGUUACUUUUUUGGAGCAUGAGGCCUGAUGCAACCUUGGACCCAUCAAGUUUGCAUGGUGGUUGCCCUGUUAUAAGAGGAAACAAGUGGUCUUCUACUAAGUGGAUGCAUGUUGGUGAGUACAAGCUCUAAUUAUUUUUCAAUAGGUGUUACAGUUCUUUGAUGGUGCCUCUAGGUAUAUUUUGGUAAUUGUCCAAUUCUAAAUUCUACAUUUGAGCGAAUUCAAAUUUGUAUUUUUUCUUUACUAGCCCCAUCAAAAUCUUCUCUCUGUGUUUAGAAGAGGUAUACACGCUUUUUAACUUUUAUUUUCCCCUCAAAGUUGUUAUGAGCUUGAUGUAGGUUAAGAAGCAAUACAAAUUAAUAGAGAUUCAUUGCAAAGUUCUAGAUGACUCGUUAAUCUUUACUGAUGAUUGAAGGUUGAAAUGAUAGCCAUUCACUGUAAUGUAUGGUCUAGUUUAUUUGCUAUAGGUUCUAUAGAUUUGGUACAUGUUUUAGCUAUAGGCCGUAGAAAGAAGAUACGACUUGUAUGUUUUACUUUGCAAAUUAUGCAGUUUGGAAGUGUUGAGAAUUAUC